AUGCAACAACAACCACAAAAACCGCAAGACGCCGUGCAAAAACGAGGCUCUUCUCAGCUCCAGAAGGCACCAACCACCAAUAAUCCACCGGCCGCCAAUAAUUCGUCGAAGAGUGUUUAUGCAUCGGCGAUUUCGCCGAUGCCGCGCAGCUCGAUGCAGAAUCAGAAGCGAAUGAUGAAGACGGCUAGAUCGCCGGUGGUUGAGGUGAGCAAAAAUGCGGGAAUUUUGAUACCAAACAAGCCUACAGUACUUUGAAGGGACAUGGGAUACUGUAGCUUUUGGUAUCAAAAUGAAGCUCUUGAUAUGAGGAUUACUGUAGUCCGGGUCCCGCAGCGAUUAAAGGGAGAUACACUCGCUCCGCUCGAGCCGCUUACGCGGAAUUUUCCGCCUACACUCGCGCUUCCGCGCUCGCCAAAACCUAGGCUUGUGUGGUCUCAAAAUGAAGCUCGCCGGGUCUCGAAGCGAUCUACAGUACUCUAAAGGAACAUAGGGUACUGUAGCUAGGGAGAUUUGGUAUCAAAAUGAAGCUCUUUAUCUACCGGUUACUGUAUUUUAGGUCCCGCAACGAUUCAGCUAAAUUUAAAGGGAGAUACACUCGCUCCGCUCGAGCCGCUUACGCGGAAUUUUCCGCCUACACUCGCGCUUCCGCGCUCGCCAGAACCUAGGCUUGUGUGGUCUCAAAAUGAAGCUCGCCGGGUCUCGAAGCGAUCUACAGUACUCUAAUGGAACAUGGGGUACUGUAGCUAGGCACAUUUGGUAUCAAAAUGAAGCUCUUGAUAUGAGGAUUACUGUAGUUAGGGUCUAGUAGCGAUCCAGCUAAAUUAAAGGGAGAUACAUUCGAUCGGAAUGUUGAUCUACACUUGCCAAGGCAUUUUUAGGGUCAAAAUGAUUCUCUCCGGGUCUCGAAGCGAUUCCUAUGGUCUCGCGACGAUUCAGAUUACUGUAAUCCUCUUUGAGACGAACAAUCUACAGUAGAUCACAAAGCUACAGUAUUUUUGAAUUUUCACUACAGCAAUCAAGGGAUCUUGGGCUUCAGAGGUCCUACAACGAUCUAGGAGAACAACAGAAGUCUCAAGAAAAACUGAAUAGGGUCUUGCAACGAUUUAGACUACAGUAACUUCAAAAAUCUAAAUCUAGGGUCUUGAAACGAUUGUAACUACAGUAAUCUCUAGACAUUCUAAUUCAAAAUGUAGAUCAAAGAAGCCUCUAAGGUACAGUAGUCCAAAGGUGGAAAAUAGGCCUAAAGGCCCGAAAAAAAAGCCUGAAACCAGGGAAAAUUCAAUUUCCAGGCACCGAAUUCCCGCCCAUCCGGCACAAAUGUCAACGUAAACAGUCUCGCAAAAAACCGGCGUCGAAUCGCCAAAAAAGCGGCGACAGUAUCGUGCGAAUCGCAAGAACUCUCGCCGCGCGACAAUUUAAAGACGCAAGAGGAAGAAGUGUCGCUGGAAGAGGACGUGAGCGACACGCCCUUUACCAAGGACUCGAAAGAUCAGCCGAAGGCGAAAAACUAUUGGCAAACUGUCAAAAUCGAGAUAGCCAAGGAGGAUUUGCCGAAGUUGUAUGAGAUGUUUAUAGUGAAUCGAAAUAUGAUCUUGGAGGCGGUGUCGUUCGAUGGAAUGCCAUAUUUUAUAUUCGGUGAUCAGAUUCAUGAAGUCAAUGGGCAUACGGUACAUACGAGGAGGUAUUUUGAAGCGAUUUUGGCGAAAGUUGCCGCAUCCGGACAGGUAAUUGGCGGAGUGUAAAUGCGGAGUGUCGUUUGAAAUUUUCCUUACAGCCCCUGGUGAUCACCGUGAUUCGAGCGUGGAAUGUGAGAUGUGCCACGAAGGCUCAGCUCUCACUUUUGCCUACGGUGAAUGAGCAAUGCAGUUAUUUUAUAGUUCGUAAGUCGCAAGAACUUUCCGCCUGCGCGGAAGCUUGCGGAAAACACCUCUUUUUCAGGUGUCCACCGCUUCUUCAAAACGCAAGGCUUCGUCAUGAAGUUGCACAAAAAGAAAAUCAACGUGCAGGACGUGCGUCCGGGCUCAAAUGGCUCAUUCGCCUUCUUCCACAACGACCGCAUUCUGGACGUGGAGAAUUCGAACGCAAUCAACGGAGUUUCCGGAAAACCGGACGUCAAGAGUCUGCAGAAGCUGUACAAUAAGGGGAUGAAGGAGCGCGGAUAUGUGGAGUGGGUUGCGGAAUCCGCGCGCGCGGAAGCUUGCGGUCUGAUCCAAAAAUUUUGUUUCCAGCGUUUUCGUCAGUCGAGUCAUUGGUGCUCACACUUCGCCGAAUCCGAGUAUUCAGGGAGAGCUCGAAAAUGCGCCGCCCAAGACGACGCAAGGUCCGCAAGUGCUUACGGCGGAUAAGAAGGGUGAGUACGGUAGAGAGAGCCGCUUACGCGGAAAAAUCCGCCUACACUCGCGCUUCUGCGCUCGGACUUGUUUGGUCUCAAACGAUAGCUCUUGAUCUACCAGAUACUGUACUUGUGGUCUCACAUCGAUCUACAGUAACCCAGGCUUGUCUGGUAUCAAAAUGAAGCUCUUGAUCUACCGGAUACUGUACUUGUGGUCUCGAAGCGAAAUGACUACAGUAACCUAGGCUUAUUUGGUUUCAAAAGAUAGCUUUAGAUCUGCUGAAUACUGUACUCAAGGUCUUGAAGCGAAGUGACUACAGUAACCUAGCCUUGUUUAGUCUCAAACGAUAGCUUUUGAUCUACUGAAUACUGUAGUUUGGGUCUCGCAGCGAUCUACAAUACUUUAAAGGAACCUAGUCUCAAAAUUCCAGUCAUCGACGCAAUCGACUUGCCGCUCGAAAGUGACGCAGUGGAAAUUGCGCUCCGCGAGCUCUACCGCAUUCAAAUCCUGACGCAAACAACGGAAGGCGGACCCGUCAAAGUGGUACGGUAACAUGCGGAAAAACACCGCGCGCGGAAGAAAAACACAAUUUUUGCAGCCACCAACCAAGAAGGGCAAAUCGCUGCUACGUCCAAUCGUAACAAUUCCAUCGCCGCAAGCGGCAGCUGCGGCGGCGCCCUCUGCGGAACCGACGCGGAGCAUCUACAAGGAGCAACCGAAUAUGGAGAAGUCGUUGUAUGAGCCGUACGCGAAGAUGCCGCGAACGAAACGCGGAAAAUGGACGAACAAGAAGAAUGUGCGACAGUCGACGAUUAAUUUCAAGGUGAGCAAGUGCGCUCCAGUGAACCAGGGGUCGAAAAAUGGCCUAGACGCCCAAAAAAUGGCCUAGAAACUCGAAAAAAUGGCCUAGAAACCCAAAAAAUGGCGUAGAAACUCGAAAAUUGGCCUGGAAUCUCGAAAUUUGGCCUAGAAACCCAAAAAAAUGGCCUAGAAACCCAAAAAAUGGCCUAGAAACUCGAAAAUUGGCCUGGAAACUCGAAAUUUGGCCUAGAAACCCAAAUUCAGGCCUAGAAAUCCAAAUUCUGGCCUAGAAACCCAAAUGUCGACCUCCCAACCUGAAAUUAAUUUCAGGAAACCACGGAAACGUCGAAAAUUUUGUCGGAUAUUCCGGAUGACGUGGAAUUGAAGAAGGUUGAUGCGCGGAGCGGAAUUGUUGCGUAUAUUCGCAAUGCGUUUGGUGGAGAGAAAUAA